AUGUCGACAAAUAUUUCUCGCUUUCAAUCGCAGACUCUGCGCGGUCUCUCCGUCGCCGGCCUCCUCCUCUCGGCCGUCACGAUCUGGGUCGCUAUCCACGGGGAAUACGACACGGCGCGGUGGGAGGGCAUCGAGCUGGCCCUCUGCGCGGCUGCCGCCAACGUCUGCGGGCUCACGGCCGCCCUCCUCGGACCGAAGCGGCUCCGCAACGCCCUCAUCUGCCAGCUCAUCCUCUCUCUGAUAUCCGUGAAUCUCGCGAUCGAGUUCCGUGCCUCCGCCGCGCGCGGCCGAGUCGUCGACUGCGCCAUCGCUGAAUCGUUCGUCCGGCUGCACCACCUGGAACACGCCGUGCACAAGCACGACGAGAACGCGGUCACGAUGGCGCUCUACACGCGGCUCGGGGAGCUCGACGACAUGCUCGACCUCACGAAGCAGGCCGUAGGGGUUGGGAGCAAAGCCGAUCGCCACAUCGAAUCGCUCCGCCACAUGGACGAGCAGUACAUCAUGCGCAAGGUGCAAGACCUGCACAAGCACGCCCUCGACGUCACCGAGCAUCUUCGGCGCGUCGAGCUCGACAAGAACUCCACCGCGACGGACGCGGAGAACGCGCGCGAGGCCCGUGCGGAGGCGCAGGCCGUGUCCGAGUACGCGGACCGCCUUGCAGACAUCACUGAGUGGCUCGGUGCGGCUGCGAAGGGCAAGGACACGGUUCCGAACACGGAGGAGUACCAGCAGAUCCUCGACGUGCUCCUGGAGGCCGUGCAGCAGUACCCGCACGCGCACGCGCAGCAGCGGCUCGGCAGGGAGGCUGUUGAGGCCCCGUGGGUCAAGGCCUCCCUGGGGCGUGCCAUCGAGAACAAAUACUCCUCCCACCACACGCAGCACCAGCAGGUGCGCGGCGCGGCGCCGCCGUGGGUCCAAACAGGGCGUCCCUGCCCGCCGGGGCGAGAAAACGGCAUCUGUGGGUUCACGUGUGUGUGUGUGCGUGCGUUGGGUGCAGGGGCUGCUGGAGACGCUGGACGGCAUGCGCAAGGCGUCGCGGGAGGAGUUCGAGAGCUUCUUCGGGGCGCACAUCGACGGGGACGCGGCGCUGCAGGGCCACCACGGCCGCAUUAUCGCUGA